CCGGAUAUAGUAUCACUAGCAAGAUGGCGGGAGAAAAGCGUGAAUCAGGUCGUAUCAAAGAUGUCCAGCAGAGGAGAGUGCUGGAUGAGGCAGCUCGGCGCCGUAGACAAAGGAAAGCCCUCGAGGCACUUGAACAGGACAACUUUUCGGAAGAUCCUCAUGCUGAUUUGAAGAUGAGCAAGAAGGCGCCAAAGUUUGAUGAAGCAAUGGAUGCCAAUGCAACCAAGAGGAAGAGAAAGUCCAAAGGUGGUGAUUUCAAACAACGAUACCGUAAAAACUUUGCUGGUCUGCUAGAGGAAGAGCAAAUGCUGAACAAAGAGGAAGCCUCAUACUUCAGCGCCGGUGUUCCUCCAUCCAAGAUGCCGCCUCGACAUUUCUGUGCUGUGUGUGGGUUCCCCUCCAGUUACACCUGUGUUCAGUGUGGAGCUCGUUACUGCUCUGUGCGAUGUCUCGGGACACACCAGGACACUAGAUGCCUGAAAUGGACAGCUUGAGACUGAAUUGACAUCAAGUACUUGGUUCACAUACUUAGUGCCAGAUGCUGCCUAGAUAAGCUUCCCCCAGAAGAUGAAGACAAAACAAGCGGCUGCUGAUAGUGAUACAGCUUGCCGGUGUCUUGGCUGAUGAAAAGGAGUGAGUCAAACGACUGUGGCUACCUUUUGAGACUCUGGUGCUUAAGAGCUAUGGAGAUGAGAUGUAGGCUGUAAAUAUGUGACGAGAUAUCCCAUUUCCUCGACAAUGAGAAGUAUAGUAUUCACAGGGGCAGGGGAGGCAACUCCUUUGGAGAGAGAAAAGAUCAGGGAGGCAACUCCACACAGCCAUAAGUAAAUCUUUGAAAUAGAUGUUCCGUCAAGGUUGGCUAUUUCUAAAAUGAUAAACCACUGUACUGAUUGAACCAAGGCUAGACUUAAAGUCGCCUUUGAUCCUUGAGCUCAAUAAAUACCCACAUAUUUAAUCGAUUUUGAUGUCAGUAAACCGAUAAUAUCCCAGAGCUUUAGUUAGGCUACAGUGAUGGCAGUCAGACAUCUUGUACCCAAUUAACAAUACCAAUGUAAGACAUGUUGCUGUUCAGAGGCAAAAUGCCCUAUAUGUACGGAGGUUGUGCAAUAAAUACUAUUUUU